CGGUAUGAGACACUGACUGACUAUCGCUCCAUACGUUCGCUGCCCUCGAGCCCACUGCACUCGUUCGUAUCUCCGAUGGCGGCCAAACUGGAAACUUGGGCGCUGCCGCGAUUGCAGCAGCUUUUGCCACUGGACGACGAGUCACUGCGACAAAUUAUCACGUAUGCAGACUCACUUCCCAAGGACAGUGCUGCAGAACAUCUCAAGAAUCUCCUGGGUGACGAUGCGAAGAGUCUCGAGUUUAUCUCGAGCUUCAACAUGCGGCGACAGCAUGCACCAUCCUCGUCCAGUGCCACUCGGGAGCCUGCCAGCAGUAAUGCGCCUGCCGCGGAUGCUGCGAGGCAACCCAAGAAGCCAGCCAGGAAGAAGCCUAAUAUUCACGCCCUUCCUGCUCGUCAAGUACAAGGCCACGGCGAUUUGAGCGGUGCAUACAGAAAACGUGACGAGGAAAACUAUCUAGUUGGAUCAUCGCGUCAGACGCACAGAGACCAGGUCGCUGACAACCUCGCGUUGCAAGACAAGCCGCGCGAUGCUGCCCAGCUGCCACUCAUCACUGACAAUGCAGCGCCGACAACACAGCCUAUGACUUCGAAGCCUCCACCCUCUGCUUCCGGUCAUUUGAUCUCAGACUCUCUUGCCCUGUCAAAAAACAGCAGUAGGAAAGCUUCACCGGCACCGAAGACCAAGGUCAACAUCUCCGGAGGCACUGCUAUGCAUGGCGCCUCUACUGCCCUCUCAGACUUGGACUCUGCCAUUCGUAGUCUCGAAAUACAGACCAAUCCGUCUUUGAUGGGCGCCGAAGAUGAUGCGAGAAGGAAAUGUCCCUGUAUGGCGACGAGACAUCCUUUGCUAGAUAUGGCGCCAAACUGUCUCAACUGUGGCAAAAUCAUCUGUGUGAAAGAAGGGCUUGGUCCCUGCACAUUUUGCAAGUCGCCUCUGCUCAGUUCAGAUCAAUUGCACAAGAUGUUGAGAGUGCUCAAGGAUGAGCGAGGCGAGGAACGAAUGAAGUCGAACAAUGCCGCACAUAAAAGAGCGGAAGUGUCACAAGGAAAGGCUCGAGCAUUCACAGGACGCGAUUUCCUGGCACAGGCAUCAUCCGCACGAUCGUCACCCCUUUCUUCAGCCCCAGCAACUCCCGCUGGAUCCGACGACGAAGCUAGUUCCAAGGCAAAAGCUCAUCGGGACAAAUUACUAGGAUUUCAGGCCAACAACGCACGACGAACUCAAAUCCAUGACGAGGCAGCAGAUUUUGAUCUCCCAUCAGCCGGCACAAACAUGUGGGCAACACCCCAAGAACGAGCACAGCAACUCAAAAAGCAACAAAAAAUGUUACGCGAAAUGGAGUGGAAUGCGAAGCCAGAGUACGAGAAGAGACAAGUAGUGGCAAGUAUUGAUGUGAAAGCGGGCAAAGUCGUUCGUCGCAUGGCAGAAAUUGAGAAGCCUGAUUUUUCAGCCACAUCGGAUCCAGAGGAGGAUGAAACUGUCCCUGUGUUCAACAGUGGUGGAGGGGCUUUCAGCAAAAAUCCGCUAGCGAGAGGGUUGAUUCGCCCCGUGGCAAAAGAGGACAAAGGAAAGGGUGUCGCGAGAGAAAAGCGGGCCACCAUGUGGAGGAGGGUGCAAAUGGAUCAGGAUCAGGGAGACAAUGAACAGUGGAUCCUCGAUGGCGGUGUUUAUGGCUCGCGGCCCCACGAUGCGCCUUUGGGUGAGGAGGAGCGCGCUUGUGGGUGACCAGGGGACGCAGACUCUCCUGCUAUCGACACCCCAGGCCAAGGCAUGAGACUCGUUGGCGGCUGGUGAGUCAGUCCCGGGCUCGGUCUUUAGAUGCCUCGCAGGAAGCUGUUAAGUGAUGAUGGCCUCGAUACGAUACGAUGACAAGCUGAGGCAAAGGUGAGCUGGAAACC